AUGUCUGAAAAGGCCGUGAGAAGAAAACUAGUCAUCAUAGGAGAUGGUGCAUGUGGGAAAACAUCUUUGUUAUACGUCUUUACUCUCGGGAAGUUCCCGCAAGAGUAUCAUCCAACUGUAUUUGAAAAUUAUGUCACAGAUUGUAGGGUUGAUGGCAUUAAGGUUUCGCUUACAUUGUGGGAUACAGCCGGUCAGGAAGAAUAUGAACGCCUACGUCCAUUCUCAUACUCCAAGGCUGAUAUAAUACUGAUUGGGUUUGCCAUAAAUGACACAGAGUCCUUGGAUAAUGCCAGAAAUAAAUGGACAGAAGAGGCUCUGCGAUAUUGCCCUGAAGCCCCUAUUAUACUAGUCGGUUUGAAAAAAGAUUUGAGGCAGAAACAGGAUGGUGUGGAGAUGGUAAAACCUGAAGAUGCCCAACAGGUGGCAAGAAUCAUUGGUGCUAAGAAAUAUGUAGAGUGUAGUGCUCUUACGGGAGAAGGUGUGGAUGAUGUCUUUGAGUUGGCAACACGAACAAGUUUACUUGUCAACAAGGAACCAGGUCAAACCUGUUGUACCGUUAGUUGA